ACAGCGGUGCCGCGUCGAGUUGCUUCGAAGCUGGUCAAACUUUUCGCUGAAGGAAACGAACUAGCAUAUAUUGCAAGAUAUCGGGGCGAUGCUCAUGAGGGAAUGUCAUGCGAUCAAAUUCGGCAUUCGUUCAAAGUUUUCAAUGAAACGAAAGAGCUCAACAAAAAGGUGGAAAAAGCCAUAGCGAAUGUGUCGACCAAAAUUAAGUCUACAGCGGAUCUGCAAGGUGGCUGUCGAACGGCUGAA